ACACACUUCCCUUACUCAUCCACCCUCUUUAACUCACCAUCACUUCUCUUCUUAUAUAUCUUAAGAAUUAGAUCGAGAUGAUUUCAACGACGUCGUUUUUCGCCCCAAAAGUUGUCGUACAAGGCCCUCAUUCUCAUUCCAGUACAAGCACAAGCACCGGAUUUCGCCCAAUCAACGUCGUUUCAGCCUCAUGCGCAUCCACCGUCCAGAAACGUGCAUCCCACGUGGCCUCCACGUCAUCUCUCUACGAUGUACUUGGUAUUCGGAUGGAAGCCACGUGUCAGGAGAUUAAGACCGCUUACCGUAGAUUGGCUAGGGUCGUUCAUCCUGACGUGGCAGCUAGCGUAGCUAAUAGUCAAAGUUCAGCUUCGGCGGACGAGUUCAUGAAAAUCCAUGAAGCUUAUUCCACGCUGUCCGAUCCCGAUAGACGCGCCGAUUACGAUCGCCGGUUAUUCGGACGGAAAUGGCCGGUUAGUUCUGGAUUUCCCAGCCGUAAACGCCGAACUUGGGAGACCGAUCAGUGUUGGUAGCGAACAAAAAAUAAUCUUUGCUUUGCUACUAUAAUAUAUAAGAACAGAUCGAGUGUUUUAUUAAAGGCAUCUGUUUCAUUCCAACACUCCAAUUCCCAAGAAUUAUUUCUCUGUCUUGAAUUGAAGGAUAUUUUUAGUGUGUUUAUUUGUAUAUACUACGUUAUUAAUUCAUUGUUAAUUAUUUGUUUUGUUGUAAAAGGCGCCAUUUUAUUAUUGCCCAAUCAUAUUGCAAAUAUUAUUAUUAUAAUUAUUAAUCUCCUUUUGUGA